AGCAAGUCUGUAGUAUGUGGUUGCAGACUCUUUGUGAUGCUUCCUCAGUUCAAUUGUUUUUAUCAUUAUACUCUAAAAACAAUAAAAGAAAGACUAAUAUACAUGUAUAUCUCUACAAGAGUAUUUUAUCAUUAUUUAAUAAAUUCCAUUCAAAGAGUAUAAGAGAUUUUUCUUUUAGAAUGCCAUAACAAUUUUUAAAUAUAUAUAUUAUUUGAAUAUUUUGUUAUUGUAUUUUUUAACGCCCUUGGCGUUUUAUUCAAUUAUGCGCAUUGAAAAAGUUUAAUUAAAAUGAAAUUCAUAGAAGCAAAAGUUGUAACAUUAGGCCAAUGGGGUGUUGGAAAAUCUGCCGUAGUUCAAAGAUAUGUCAAAAAAUCAUUUGAACCUGCCUAUAGAAAUACAAUUGGAACAUGUUUUCUCUUUUGUAAAUUAAAUAUUGAAGACAUAAAUCUGACAUUACAAAUUUGGGAUACAUCAGGAGAAGAAAGAUACAAAGCAAUAUUGCCAAUGUACUAUAGAGCUGGAAAUGCAAUUUUAUUGAUUUUCGAUUUAACAUCAUAUGAAUCGUUCACAAAAACAAAAACACUUAUUUCUGAAUUAAACAAAUAUUGCGAAAAUCAUGUCGUUCUGCUUUUAAUAGGCAACAAACUUGAUUUGAUAGAAAGGCGAGAAGUGUCCGAAAAAGAAGCAAAAGAAUUUGCUUCUUCAAUUGAUGUUUCAUAUUAUGAAGUAUCAGCAUUAACAAAUUAUGGAAUUGAUGAUGUUUUUCAGAAGGUAGCUUCUGAAUUGGUUAAUUUAAUUAAACAAGGGAAAAAGACAAGUAUGAAUUUUUAUCAAUGUGAAAAAUUAGUUGAUAGAAGUCAAAAGCAAAUUAUAAAAGUGCUAAGUGAUUCAAAUCAAGUGAACGAAAAAAAAAGGAAGAAAAAAUGUUCCUGCCAAUAAUUAAUUAUUUAUAAUUCUUUUUAUAGUUUUAUAUAUAUUACAAUUAUUUUGUAUUUUUAUAUAACAUUGCGUUAAUUUUUUAUAUAAAAUUAUAUAGGUUAGUAUUUUUUUUUUUUUACUAAGAAGGGAAAUUCCAUAAAUUUUUUAAUAUUUUAUUUUUUAUCAAUUUUUAAAUAAUUAUUUUAUGCAAAACUUGUUAGGUUAUAUGUAUAUCUAUAAUAUAAUUAUAGAUGAUACUAUUCGUUAUUUUACUGAUAUAGUUAAAAUUAAUAGAAUUUUUAAACAUUAAAAACUGAAGAUUUUAAUCGUUAUGUUUCAAAUGAUACACGUACAUAUAGAAAAGCUGGGGUUAUUUAUAUGAUUUUUUGGGCAUGAAACCUUUUGGUACAAUUUACUUAACAAUAAAUUUAGAUAUAAAAAACUAAAACUAAUUAACUAAUAUUGAAGGAUUAUAAGCAUAAAAUUGAAUAAGAUAAUUAAAAUUAAAAAGUUCAAAAUUUCGGUAAAAGUAAUAUGUUACAACUUAACAACCAACCCCUAACUCAUCUAACAAAGUUCAAUUCUGUUUUAAGGGGAGUCAUAAUCUUCAUUUUGAAUCAUUUACAUUUUAAUGAUCGUAGGAAGAUAUAUGUUUUUUCUUGCAUCAUUUGGGUCCCUAAAAACAUACAGGAUGGUCAAAAAAAUAAAAUUUUAAUUUUUGACAAUUUUAGAAAUUAAUUUCUUAAAAAAAAAUUAAUAUUUUAAAUAUCUAUCUUCUUUUUCAAUUUUAACUAUUUUUCAUCGACAAUUUUUUUAAUGAUUCUUAAGAAUCUCUCGCAUGGAUUUUCAAAAAAUUUUAAUCUUUUCAAGAAAAAAAAGAAAAUAUCAAUUAAAACAUCAUUGCAAUCUUCUAUUAAAUAUGUAUAUUUCUUUCACAAUUUUAAAUAUUUUUCAUUGUCAAAUUUUUUCCACACUUUUUUACUGAUUCUUUAGAAUCUCUCGCAUGGAUUUUCAAAAAUAUUAAUUUUUUCAAAAAAUAAAAAUUUUAAAAUGGUCAAAAAUUAAAAUUUUCUUUUUUUGACCACCUUAUAUGUUUUUCAGAACCCAAAUGAUUCAAGAAAAAAAAUAUAACCUCGUUUAAUAAUUUAAAUUUAAGUGGGUCAAAAUAAAGGUUGUGACUCCCCUUAAGUUAAAGAAAAACGUAAUAAUCAGUUUUUAAAUUGAAUGCAAAAUAAAAAAAGAACACUUGUAUUAUAUUAUUGUAAAAAAUUUAUGGAAAAUCUACAUUUUAAGGGUAUGUGGGCAAAGGACGUUUUUUUAUGGUUUGAAACUUUCUCUGAAAUAAAAAAUGAUUUCGGAUUAAAAUUUUGGACAAAUGAUUUUGUUUGGUACAAGGAAUCUCGCUGUUCUACUCAUUUACCAUAACUUAACGCAAAAAUAAUAAAAAUAAAGCAAUAAAUAGUAAAAAAAUGUAUUAUAUCGUAGUUCAUUCAGCGGCCACUUGUUCAAAUUGGCGCUGUUUACUGGAGCACUGACGAACUCAAGCAACGUCUGUGUAUGCGCCGCCAUGUUUCUUUCUAUUUUCGUUUAAAAAUCACACUUUUUAAACUUCAUUUUUUAAUAAUUCAACGCAAAAUUAUGUAUUUUUCGGAGAACAGCGAGAUUCCUUGUACCCUAAUCUAUCAUCCCUCAAAAUUUUAGACAAAAAUCUUUUUUUAUUUUAGAGUAAGAUGUAUACUACCAAAACUUGGUCACGUGAGAGGUUCCCACAUACCCUUAAAUUUUAUGUUCAUUUAAAAUAUAUAUUUUUUUUAAUUUCUUUUGAAAUUUUUACAAAAUUUACUGAAAAGUAUUACAUAUUGUAUAGGUAUACCAGUAUUUUCAUAACCAGGAUUCUAUUUAAAAAAAAUACACAAAAUAACUUUUAUAAAUUAUAUAUACGAAAUGUGAAGAAAUAUUUUUAUAAACAAUUUUUUUAAAUCUUUUAUUAUUUGUAAUUUAUAAAACAAACUAUAUAUAUAAAAUCUAAAAGCGUAUCAAUAAUUGAUACUUAUUAUUGUAGUUUUUUAUAAUUUCGUAAAUUAUAUAUAAAAAUAUUUAUAGCUUCAAGAAAUUUUUAUUAGAUCGAAACCAAAAUUUUAAUAUAUAUACAUAUUAGGCUUAACGACUGAAAACGCUCAUUAAGCAAAAAAGUGGACGACAACGUGAAAUUCGUGUUGUGCAAUAUAUUUUUCAGUUCGGCUUCCAUAACUUAAAUGAAGCAACAAUUAAAAACAAUUUAUGUCAAAUUUUUUAUUUCUUUUUAGUUAUGGAAACCUCAGAUAUAUAUAAUAUUAUAAUUAUUGUAUGUAUUAAUUAUUAAAAUCCUGGUAUAGGCUCAACAAAACGAUAAUUAUGCGCAAUGUGAUCAUUUUUAUUUCAACAUUUUUAAUUAAACUUAAUUUGUACUCUUAUAAAAUAUAUAUCUGUGAUCUUUUGAAUAAUGUACAUCUAUAUGCAUUACUAUACAUUUUAUAAAUGUUCAUUUUAAAUUGUUAU